AUCGACUAUUUGUUCCUGGCCAGUCCAUGUUAAUGGAGCUCAGAGCGUUAGAUGAAUAUUUUAAAAAGCCCCGCGAUUUCUGCAGCGUUCUCUCAAACUUACUCAUUUGUAAAGUUGUCGGUCCGCUUACCGCGAUGUCUACAAAGCAACUGGCCAGAGAACUCGGAUUAUUGAGGCAGCGGAGUAAAUCCUCAAAUCGAUCGAAAUCCCUCCUAUCAAAUCAAAUAUUUCCAUACCUUAUUGUCAUUGAUUUUGAGUCAACUUGCUGGAGGGAGAAAAAAAACUCCACUCAGGAAAUCAUUGAGUUUCCUGCGGUUCUGCUGAACACGUCCACGGGGGAGAUCCAGUCCGAGUUUCACGCUUACGUCCAGCCCCAGGAGCAUCCCGUUCUGUCGGAGUUCUGCACCGAGCUGACCGGGAUCACGCAGAGCCAAGUGGAGGCCGGGAUCCCCCUUCACAUCUGUCUGUCUCGGUUCAGCCGCUGGCUGCAGAAGCUGCAGCUUGAGAUGGGUGUGGUUUUUCCCAACAGAGCGCCGAGAUCUUCUGCACCUUCGCCUUCCCAAAAACUGUGUGCUUUCGUCACGUGGUCAGACUGGGAUCUGGGAGUCUGUUUGCAGUUCGAGUGUAAACGGAAGCAGCUCCAUAAACCUGAUGUGCUCAACAGCUGGAUCGACCUGAGAAGCACCUACCGGCUGUUUUACGACCGAAAACCCAAAGGCCUGAACGGGGCACUACAGGAUCUGGGAAUACAGUUUUCAGGGAGAGAACAUUCCGGUCUGGAUGACUCCCGAAACACUGCUCAGCUGGCGGCGAGGAUGAUGAGGGACGGGUGCGUGAUGAAGAUCACGCGGAGCCUGGAGAAGAUGCCAUUAAGGGUCAAACCCAUGUUUGGAGACACCAAAAAGCCCGAAAAAGUGAAAGACAAAAACUCCUCCACCACAAACAGACCUCCGUCGCCUCGGCUUCCCCCGGAAUCCUCCUCAGAGAACAUGUGCCGAAGCCUGAUCUCACCCAGGACGCUGCUGAGCGGCGCGUCCGUCAAAGCCGUGGCUGUGGCCAGCGUUUCCGCGCCGGUUGCCAUCAGCUCCCCUUCGCCGCGCGGCUGCCUCGGCCGCGGCCUUCUUCUCUGCUCGACUACUCUGGCCUGCGUUUCCUACCCGCCUCGGCCGAACCAGCAGCAGGGCGACGCCGGCGCACCGGGGGGAGGGGGGCUUUCCGUGGAGCUUUCCGUGGAGCUUUCCGUGGAGCCCGAGGAGCGGUGCGGCUCGUACGACGACGUGGUGUUGGAGGCGGAGGACGGGGACGCCGUCGGUGGAACGGGGGGGGGACCUGAAGUGGAUUACGGGGCAGAUCUUGGCGAUGGAGCGCACUCGUCCGGCGGCGAGGUUACGAGAGACGACGUGAGCGGCGAAGACCACGCCGAGACUCCGAAGGGCACCGGCCGGCCCUCGGCGUCUGUUCCCUUCAACGGAAUCAGGCAGCGCCCAACAAUCCCAGAGCCCAGUACGUACUUUGUUGAGCCUAAAGCCGUUUCUCGGGACUCCAACCAGCACAAAACGGGAUUUAGAUUCUACCGAGAAAUACAGGAGAAACGAGACGGGCCUCACAGAAUCACUGAAGCAAACACACCCGCUUUGUUCCGCCACUUGAUCCCGGGAAGGACCUCCACGCCGUACGCCUCAUCUGCCCGGCCCAGAGCAGGCGCCACAGAUCACAGAGAGACUCCAAAAUCCUCCUUCGCCAUCUUCACGGACCCAGCGCAGCCCUCCUGGGCCGGGUCCCUGCGCGGCCCCAAGAAGGUGCUCGCCUCCCUGUCGACCAACGCGCUCUCCUCCGCGGCGAAGGGAGGUCAGAGGGUCACGUCGCCGCUGUGUGCUUGCGGGCGGCGCGCGAAGCGCCAGGUCGUGUCCAACGGGGGCCCGAACCAGGGCCGAGGGUUCUACUGCUGCCCGGUCCGGAGGUCGGGCGGCGGCGGCGGUCGGAUCCAGAAGGGCUGCGAGUUCUUCAAGUGGGAGUCGGCUCUGCUGAAGAGCGGCUCGGCGCCGGCCCCCGGGUCUUCUGUCUCACUGUGCGCGAUGACCCCGAACCUCGGCCGUCCACCUCAGAGGUCGAUGCUGAGGAAGAGCUGCUGAUGCAGAGCCGAGGGUGGACUCUACCUCAGUCACAUGGACUUUGUAAUAUUAUGUUGUGAUAUGAUAUAAAUGGGAUGUAAUGUGAUAUUAUGUUUGUGAUAUGAUACGAAUGAAAUGUGUCAGAAAUAUGUGCUUUGUAAAAGAAAAGUGAAAAAUAGAAUAGAUAUCCUGAAGCUGUCAUUUUAUUGACGUUUGGCCUCCAUUCAAAAUCUUCCAUUUCAUUCUUUUUAAUUAUGUAGUACACAUGAUGUUGUUUCACGAUCAACUAAUGCAAUCACUUAAUGUGAGUGAUGUAGUAUUUAUUGAAAUAAAUCGCACAAUAACCAACAAUAAAAUGUUGAAUAAAAUAACAGUGGUGGUUUGAAUAUAAUAUAUAAAUAUACAGCUUCAACUGAUUUCCCAGUUCCAAUUCAGAUGCAUAUAUUACAUGGUUAGAUUUAGUGAUGUAUUAAUGAGCAGUAAAUCAAUUCAAUGUGACAGCUGGCAAUUAUUGGCUUCGUGUAUUGAAUUAAUCAUUUCAAGUUUGAAAUAAAAAUGGCGAUUUAGGAGUAAAAGUAGCAUAAAAACAGAACUAUUUACGGACCUUACGGUAUUG